CCAGACACAUCUCUCCGCCAUUAAACAAAAACUCUUUCUUCUUUCUUCUGCUCGAUAAUUUUAUGAAAAGCUACGGAUUCACUCUCCGCCGUACGAUUUGAUAAGUUUCUGGAUCAAGCAGAGUAUUCUCAAUGCAGAGAACCAUCUCUCUUGCCGCUGCUAAGUCUUCUUCUUCUUCGACUUCGGUUCUGUCUCUUCGUCCUCUCAUGGCUAAGUUGCAGUGCAGGGCGAUUCAGAAUUUCCCAGCUUCCUCAUCCUCUUCAGUAGCUCGGGUCGAUAGAGUAUAUAGAAAUGUAUCGCAGCUUCAAUUUAAAAGAGAAAAUGCAACUUAUCUUAAGUUAGCUUCUGCACUUCCUUCGCAUCUAAGUCGUCUUGGUUCCCUUAGUUAUGCAGCACACUGGAGCAGUUCGACUUCUAGGUGCUUUGGAAAUAGUUUCAGACCGUUGACGAGGAGAUAUUUUUCUCAAGUCCUUAAUAUUGGAACUAAGGAUAGCGUUGUUGGUGGUGUUGAAAAGCUUGGUGAGAAUAAAAUAGGUUUCAAGAAAUUUAAUAAGAAGUGGAAGAAGCAUAAGGUUUUGGCUUCCACAAAAGCUGAAGUGGUGGCUUCUACUGAACCACUUGCUGGAGAUGUUAGCAAUGGCAUCAAUGUGGAACUUUCAACCGUAGCUUCACCUGCUAGCAAUGCUAAGCAAGCCUCUACUGUCAAAACAAAACAGCGGCCAAAGAUCAAGAAAGUCCAAGAUAAAUCUUCAUCAACGGAAUCGAUUUUGGAGGCUGUCCCUGUAGAAGAGAGUUUGAAAAGUGGUCCCAAGUCAAGACAUUCUGGUUCCAGGAAUCGGAAUUCUUCAUCUGCUGAGAAGGAGGUGGCAACAAAUCCUACUGUGGAGGGGACCAAAAGUUCUACUCCAUCAAAUUCCAAGCCCGAACAACAGCAUUGGAACUCAACAAAAGCAGGCAAUGCACAAAAACAGGAGCAGGCUGGGAAAUAUUCUUCUCAACUCCCCAAUACUGGAACUAAGGAUAACAUUGUUGGUGUCGAUGAUAAGGCUGGUGGAUCUAAAUUAGGUUUCAAGAAAUUUAAUAAGACCCGAAAGAAGCUUAAUGUCUUGGCUUCCUCGGAAGCUGAAGUGAUGACUUCUAUUGAACCAGUUAUUGGUGAUGGUAGCAGUGGCAUCAAAGUGGAACUAUCUUCUGCAGCGUCACCUGCUAGCAGUGGUAAUCAAGUCACUACUAUCAAAACAAAACGGCCCCCUAAAAGCAAGAAAGCCGAAGAUAAAUCUUCUUCAGUUGUACCAGUUUUGGAGGCGGUCUCUCUUGAAGAGAGUCCGAAAAGUGUUCUCAAGCCAAAACAUUCUGGUUCUGGAAAUCGGAAGUCGUCAUCUGCUACGAAGGAGGUGGCAAAAAAUCCCACAGUGGAGGAGCCCAGAAUUCCUGCUCCAUCAAAUUCCAAGUCGAAAAAACCGCAUUUGAAGUCAACAAAAGCAAGCAAUGCACCUAAACAGAAGCUGGUCCCUCAACACAUGAAGAACACCAUAGAGCAUCGAGGUCAAAAUGCAUCUAAACCGCUUUAUCCGCCAAGUGGAAAAUCUGUUAUUGUCGUUGAGUCAGUCACAAAAGCAAAGAUUAUUCAAGGUUAUCUUGGUGACAUGUAUGAGGUUUUGCCAAGUUAUGGUCAUAUCAGGGACCUGGCCGCAAGGUCUGGUUCAGUGAGGCCAGAUGAUGAUUUUAGCAUGGUUUGGGAAGUUCCAUCUUCUGCCUGGACUCAUAUUAAGAGCAUAAAAGUGGCAUUAAAUGGAGCUGAAAAUUUGAUUCUUGCGUCGGAUCCAGAUCGUGAAGGAGAGGCAAUUGCCUGGCACAUCAUAGAGAUGUUGCAGCAGCAGGGUGCCUUAGAUGAAAGUAUGACAGUAGCAAGGGUUGUUUUCCAUGAAAUAACUGAGUCAGCAAUAAAAAGUGCACUUCAGUCCCCACGAGAAAUUGACGGGGACUUGGUACAUGCUUAUCUUGCACGGCGUGCUCUUGAUUAUCUAAUCGGAUUUAAUAUUUCACCAGUACUUUGGAGGAAACUACCAGGUUGCCCGUCAGCUGGGCGAGUCCAGUCCGCUGCUUUGGCUCUUGUAUGUGAUAGAGAAAGUGAAAUUGACGGAUUUAAGCCUCAGGAGUACUGGAGUGUAGGAAUCAAAGUGCAAGGGAAAGAUAAUUCAGCCACAUUUUCAGCUCACUUAACCAGUUUAGAUUCAAAAAGGUUAAAUCAGCUUUCUAUCAGCUCUGAAGCCAAUGCACAGGACAUUGAGCAAAGGAUCAGAUCUGAAGGUUUUUUAGUGAAGGGCACUAAAAAAAGCACUACACGGAAAAAUCCACCAACUCCGUACAUAACAUCAACCCUUCAGCAGGAUGCUGCUAAUAAAUUGCAUUUUUCAACAGCAAAUACCAUGAGACUCGCUCAAAAACUAUAUGAGGGCGUCCAACUGUCCGAUGGUAAAUCAACCGGUCUUAUAACAUACAUGCGGACGGAUGGUUUACAUAUAGCUGAUGAAGCUAUCAAAGAUAUACAGUCCUUGGUGACAGAAAGGUAUGGGAAGAAUUAUACAUCAGAUAGUCCUCGUAAAUAUUUCAAAAAGGUUAAGAACGCUCAGGAGGCCCAUGAAGCUAUUAGACCUACCGAUAUACGUAGAUUACCGUCAAUGAUUGCUAGCCUGCUUGAUGCUGAUUCUUUAAAAUUAUAUACCUUGAUAUGGUCACGAGCUGUAGCAUGUCAGAUGGAGCCUGCUUCCAUUGCGCAGAUACAACUUGAUAUUGGAAAUGCCUCUGAAUCCAUUAUCUUCAGAUCAUCAUGCUCAAAAGUCGAAUUCCUUGGAUACCAGGCAGUUUACGAGGAUCCUGAAGCUAAAGCAAUCAAAAAUAAAGAUGAGGAUCAGAAUAGAGAGCGUGAAGAAACUUUUGAAACUCUCAGUUUGUUAAAGGAUGGGGGUCUGCUACAUAUUGGUGAAGUGGAGCUCAAGCAGCACUAUACUCAGCACCCGCAACGCUAUUCUGAGGGGUCUCUGAUUAAAAAGCUCGAGGAGCUCGGGAUAGGUAGACCUUCGACGUAUGCAUCUAUAUUUAGAGUUUUACAGGACAGAAAAUACCUAACAAUAAAGAGUAGAGCCUUGUAUCCGGAAUUCCGUGGGAGGAUGGUUUCAGCUUUUCUUAGCAACUACUUCACUGAGAUCACAGACUAUAGCUUUACUGCUGAUAUGGAGACUGAGCUUGAUAACGUUUCUGGUGGUGUAACUGAAUGGAAAGGUCUCCUAAGAGACUACUGGACACGAUUCAGUGCGUAUUGUAAACGUGUUGAAAAUGUCCAACGCCCACAGGUGGAGAAAAUGUUGGAAAAAAAAUAUGAGGACUUUCUGUUUUCUUUCCUUCCUGGUCCCAGUAGGACAUGCCCAAGUUGUAUGGAAGGCACCUUAAGUUUCAAAGUAAGUAAGUUUGGUACGGGGUAUUUCAUCGGUUGUGAUCAUUACCCUUCAUGCAAGUUCGUUGCUAAAACGCUUUAUGGAGAGGAUGAAGAUGAAGAUGAUCCUCCAAAGAGUACCUGCGUAGAAGAGCCCAAAUUGCUGGGUCUUCAUCCAUAUACCAGUGAAAAGGUUAUUUUGAAAUGUGGCCCCUAUGGGCAUUAUGUACAGCUCGGUGAAGAUAAAAAAGGGCACUUACCAAAACGAGCAAAUGCAUCCCAUAUUAAGGAUUUGAACUCCAUUACGCUUGAAAAUGCUCUUGAAUUAUUACGCUAUCCUCUGACACUGGGAACCCACCCUGACGAUGGACAGCUUGUGCAGUUGAGGCUUAGUAAAUCAGGAUUUACUGUUAAACAUCGCCGCACGAUGGCUACUGUUCCAAAGAACAUGGAACCAGGUGAUGUUACUUUAGAGAAAGCAAUAAAGCUCUUGAAUGGCAAAAAUGCGAGAAAGAGUGGCAGACCACUUAAUAAGAGUAUCCCGUCUGACGAAGAGAAAGGAGAUGAAGAAGUUGUGGAAGCGAUGUAAUCUAAUCCACAACGUGCCGUAUGCGAAUAAACAAUUGGUUCGUGAGCUUUACAUGGAUGGAGAAGAGCAUUAGCUUUGACGAAGACUAUUAUAUUCUUUUUGGUAAUCAGAGUAAUAAUGGUAACAGAAAAGAUUGGACAUUGAUGUAAAAUCAUUACACAUUUAUUAAAUGAUAUAAAAGUAUCCAUUCGUUUUAUGAU